AUUUUGUAACGCGUUGUGCUCGUGUGGUGAUCGUGCCGUCAGGGGCUGGGGAAAAUUGUAGGGUAUACACUUCGCCGAGAAGCGAGAGACGCAUCAGCCAGGCGAUAUCGUGGCUCCUUAUCGCCCUUUCGAGUUUCCGCGCAGCCUCGAUGAUUAUAUCGCUUGCAAAUGAGAAGUCUCGCACGAUGGAGAGCGAAACGUAGGCGACUAUGAAGCUCUGCGACUUGGUACAACGUCCCAUCACCAGUAGCAGCGCAACGAGUUGACGUACGCAUUUUCUGAAGCAGCCUCUACUACCUAUAAGUACUGUGUCUUGAGUCUCUUUUUCACGUUUGGCGGAGUGAAAGCGGCGCCUGUCUGGCAAUUUAUAGUGCACGUCGCGAGAAUCGUGGCAAAAUCGGAUAAUCAUGGGCGAAGUCAUAGAAAUCUUGAAAGUGGAAAACACUUAUCUACCACAGGAUGGUAUGACCGAAGUUGUUGUUGCCGACCUAUUAGGCAAAAAUGACACUGACGGUUCUUUUAUUAUACCUGAGAUAAUAGAUGCUGAUGAAGUACUGGCUCAAAAUGGUCAAAUUAUACAGAUUAUUGGAGAUUAUGAGUGUGUUACUUGUCACCGUAUUUUCCCAAGUGAAGAUAUGCUAAAAGAGCAUCUACAAGUAUGUAGAGAAGAAGAUGAUGAUGCUGACAUUUUAGAGUUAGGUAGAAUGGAUGAUAUAGAAUCAGAAGAAGAAGAUGAAGAUGAUGAUGGCCAAGUUGAUGAUCCAGAUUAUAAUGCAGAUUCAAGUCUAUCAGAUUCUCACAGUUCUAAAAACAAUAACAAAAAAGUACCGAUUAAGCCAGUAUUGGAAGGUCAAUGUCACUGUUGUGCAGAAGAUCUAAAAACAGCCCAUUCUGGUGGUUCUUUUAAGUGCACUCAUUGCGAUAUGUCAUUUAAAAAGUCAUUCUCAUUAGAAAGACAUUUGGUUGUUAUUCACUGGGAAUCAGAUUCAUGUACAUGCAAUGAUUGUGGUUCAACUUUUCGGGAUAAAAAAGCCCUAGAUAAACAUCGCUAUACAACCCAUGUAAAAACAAACAAAGUGUAUAAAUGUGAUAAAUGUGAUACUUAUUUUUCAAGAAGCUACCACUUAAAUCGUCAUAAACAACAAUCAGGAUGUCAUGGGGACACUACUAAUAGUUUUUCAUGUCAGGUUUGCAAUAAAGUAUUCACUCGUAAAGAUAAUUUAAGAGAACACUUACGAACUCAUGCUGGAAUGCCACAAAGAAAGAAAAAAUCAUGUCAACUAUGUCCAAAACAAUUUUACACUAAUCAACAAUUGAUAAUUCAUCAACGUGUGCAUACUGGAGAAAGACCAAUAGAAUGUGACCUGUGUCCUAAAACAUUCUUAUCUACACUAGCAAUGAAAAAACAUCGUAGGGUCCAUACUGGAGAGAAACCUUUUGAAUGCAAAUAUUGUCAGAAGAAGUUUGCUGCAAGAGAAACAUUAAAUCGUCAUCAAAGAACUCAUACAGGAGAAAAACCUCAUGUUUGCCAGUACUGUAAUAAAUCAUUCAUCCAAGCAGCUCAAUUGAGAGCUCACAUAUUUCAUCACACUGGAGAAAACGGCUUUUAUUGCGAUAUUUGUGGAAAAGCUUUUAAUCGCAAAGCACGUCUUACCAAUCACAAGAAAUUUGUCCAUGAAGGUGCAACACCGUUUAAAUGUGAAACAUGUGACAAAGCUUUUACAAGAAAAGAAGAUUUGUCAAAGCACAUAAAUCUCCAUGCUGGAAUCAAACCUCAUAAAUGUGACACUUGUGGAAAGUGUUUUGCAGCUAAGUCAUCUUUACAAGCCCACAUGAACACUCAUAGGCGAGAACCCCCACAGUCAUGUGCUGAAUGUGGAAGAGCAUUUAUUCGUCAAGAUUGUCUUAUGCGACAUAUACGUGCCAAACACAGAGAUCUUUUAGAAGAUGUAUUAGGUGAAGCUGAAAAGAAGCAUUUACAAUUGCAAAUGUUUAACAUUGCUUAUAUUGCUGCUGAGAAAAUGAAAACAGGAGAAACAAAUAUUCUCUCAACAGAAGAAUUGAUGAAAGCUAUUACCGAGCUUUUAACUAUUCUUAUUGAAAAAGAAACAUUAGAGUUGUUCGGUUGGUUGCAAUCACCUUUACAAGAUGUUUUGGAAGCUGUUAUUCGACGAUGUGGACACGAACCUCUUACAGCAGAUAGUGAUUUAUCGUUGCCAGAUCGAUUAAGGGGAAAUGUUAAACUUUUAUUUAAUGCUGUCAUAGAAGAUGAAAAUGUUAAAUCGCUUUUAACAACACAAACAGUUGAUGAGGUGAUAAUGCAUGUUCUAAAGAUAUCGCAGACAAACAACAAAGAAGCUGAAGAAAAACAAUAAAAGACAAAUUUUUUAAUAAUGAGCCACAGGUCGCAAAAUUUUAUAGAAAAUGUCAAGGCUAGAAUUAAAAUUGGUUUAAUUAUUUUUAUUUUUAUUAUGAAUGACCUUCACAUAUUUGGUUUGUAUGAAUAAUUUUAAAAUUAUUAUUCAUUACUUAUGUUUUUUCUUUAAUUUGAUAGACACUUUUACAGGAUGUAUAUGUGCCUUAUGAUGAAUAGUUGAAUUUUUAUUUUGAUUUUAUCUUUAUUGUUUUUUUUUUUCAUAUAAAAAGAAGGUUUGCAACAACAUAGAUGUAUAUAUUUUGAAUAUAUUAGUUUUACUCUACAAAAAUAAGUUGCAGUUAUGUAGAUUGUACAAAAUAAUAGUUGUGAUUUCACUGUUAUAAAUAAAUACAAAAUUUUAAUUUAAA